CAUAAAACUAAACACACAUAGUCAACUCCUCUCUUCCUCAUUACACCUAUAAGAAACUAAGAAUUAAAGAAGAGAAGAAGAUAAGUAAUGGAGGAGUUCACAUUCCCAUCCAUACCCCAAACCCUAACACCCACACACCAACUCCCCUUCCCCACUCCCACCCCCACCACCACCACCUCCUCUUCCUCCUCCUUUCUUCGGCUCCUCGCCUCUCCGCCGCCACCGCAAACCGCCUCUCCCAGCUUCCGCCGGAGCUUCUCCUCGACCGCCCUCCGCCGUAGCGUCCUACCGCCCUCGCCUUCUCUCAGCGACUGCGGUCGCCCUCCGCUCGACGUGGAAGAGCGGAUGGACAUGCUGUGGGAGGACUUCAACGACGAGCUGAGGGCUCAUCGGUGGUCGGUCAGGUUCGAACGCGACGAACGACGAUCCCCGACGCUGCGCGAGCAGAGACCUCCGCCGCCGCCGCCGUCGCCGCUGCUGCGCACGUCGCAGCUGCGGCGUAAGAAGCCGAGCUUGGAGGUGAUGUUGAGGGUGUUGAAGAAGCUCUUUGUGGUGCAAGGAGCUCACAACACUACUACUGCUACUACUACUGCUUCUUCUUCUUCUUCUUCUACUUCUUCUUCCAAAAAGAAAAGAAGUUCAUGAAGCAACACAAGUAAGAGAUUCAUUGGUCAAUAUAUAUAUAUAUAUAUAUAUAUAUAUAUAUAUAUAUAUAUGCACAUGUGUUUCACUACAAAAGGUUUGAUAUAGGAUUAUUUAAAAGUUGUUUGAAUUAGAAACAAAAGCAAAUUAUUGAAUCUGUGGCAUUGGUUUUUUAUAUGAGAAAUAUAUUGUCAUAAUGUUUAUUUA